GACCACGAGUCUUCAAAAUAACAAAUUGUAAAUAGUUAAUAUGGCUAGGAAACGUAAAAUUCCCGUGCGCAAGCAUCACGGUGUACGUGAUCCACUUAAACAGAUUGAACAGAAGGAAAAGAAAUUGGCCAAUGUGACUAACAAUCCACCAACGCAGAACGAUGAACAGCGCUCCUCACACAGAUUUAAGCAGUUCAAACAAUUGGCCGACGCAGCCAAGGCGGGCAAACGUCUCAAAAUUGGCACUAUAGGCAAAGAGGAUAAACCAAAAGCCACCAAAAAUGGCAGAAAAACAACAACACCCACAGUGGCUGGAAGCAAACAUAAAAACAUCAAACAGUUGGCUGAUGAAACAGAUGAGGAUUAUCUAAGGCGUGUGAAUCGCAUAACUAAUGCAUCUGUCAAGGAAGCACAAUAUGAAGCUAAAUACGGCGUCAAUGUUAUACGUAAUGCAAGCACCGGGGAAAUAACACUGCAGAAGCGACCCAAAAACGAGAUUGAUGAACUGCUCAAGCAGAAGCAAAAGGAGCGUGCCUUAGCCAAAUCGGGACGUAAAAAGAACAAAGGCAAACAACAGCCUACCAUGGAUGCCAAGACAAGCAAGGAGUUGAUCAAGCGUGCCUUUAAAGAAGCAGACGAGGAAGAGAAACAAGAGCCAAAGCCGCUUGCAGAGUACAAGCAUGAUGUGUUUAAAUUUGGUGAAAUUGUUCAUGAGCCCCCCACGUUGAAGACGCUGCCACGCAAGGCCAACAAAAACGAGACUGUGCCACGACCUGGUCGCAAAGCUAAUCUGUUGCUCAAGUCGAUAAUGGACCCAGCAAUAACAAAAGCCAAAACAAAAGCGGUUACAGUUGGUCCGCCCACCAAGCUACAACUUAAGGGCAAGCGCAAGGAACUGCCAGCUGCCACACGUAACAUGCUCGAGAGUGAACGCAGCAAAAUGAUUGAGCUCUAUCGCCAGCUAAAGAAGACUCAGAAUGCCGCUUAGCACUAGUUUU